AUGGGGAAAAAUCCGGCUAAUUUAAAACCCAUAAAUCGCAAAGAAAACCAAAGCUUAAUUUCCAAAAUUCGGAAAGAGUACGUAAGCCUAACGUUUGCCAAAUCGUUGAUAUUCGAUCCUGCCCGUUUGCCAUUGAUUUCACUCGUGAUUUUGGCUGCCGAGCUAGUGUUGAACGUGUUCGUCGUGCAAAAUGUGCCAUAUACCGAAAUUGACUGGAAAGCGUAUAUGCAGGAAUGUGAAGGAUUCCUCAAUGGAACCACAGAUUAUUCCUUGCUGCGAGGAGAUACUGGUCCCCUCGUAUACCCGGCCGGGUUCGUGUAUAUCUAUAGUGCACUGUACUUUUUAACAUCGCAUGGUACCAAUAUUCGGUUGGCACAGUACGUGUUCGUUGCCAUUUACUUGCUUCAGCUGGUGCUGGUGCUUAGGCUGUACUGCAAAAGCCGUAAAAUCCCACCGUACGUUAUGGUCAUCACCAUUUUCACCUCCUACCGGAUUCAUUCGAUUUACGUGCUACGGUUGUUCAACGAUCCGAUCGCUAUCCUGUUUCUAUAUGCGGCAUUGAACGCGUUUAUCGAUGGCCGUUGGACACUUGGAAGUGUGAUGCUCAGUCUAGGGGUGUCAGUGAAAAUGAACAUUCUCCUGUUUGCCCCGGCUAUUCUACUGCUUUACAUAACUAAUCUGGGCUGGCUGAAAACGGUGCUUCAGCUCAUGGUUUGUGCAACAAUUCAGCUGGUACUUGGCGCUCCUUUCUUGCUUACCUACCCGUGGCAGUACCUCAAAGGAAGCUUCGAUCUCGGACGCGUGUUUGAGCAUAAAUGGACCGUAAACUAUCGGUUCCUGGAGCAGGAGCUGUUCGAGAACAAAACGUUCCAUCUGGCGUUGCUAGGAUUACAUCUUACACUGCUGGUGGUGUUUGCUUCGCCCUGCUAUAAGUACUUCCAAAAUUACUGCCGUUUGCGCCAACUGGAGGUAAUGUUGGCCCCACAGAUCGAGGCCCAAAACAAAGCAGAAAAGGAAAAGAUGAAGAAAACUAAGAAACCACAAGCCGUAGCGGGAAAGACGAACAAAACUGAGGAAAAGCUGUCGGAAGAUCAGGAGAAGUUUUUGAAAUCGUUCGAAAAAGGCAUUAAAAAGAUGUCGGGAAAGCAACCGAAGGUCGAGCACAUCCCUGAGGAACCGGAACCAACGGCCACUGCUGCAGGGAACAAGUUCUCGAUUCACUUUGACCGAUCCACCCAGCUUGCGUUGCUGCCAAUCUUUUUGUCAAAUUUCAUUGGAAUUGUUUGUGCGCGCAGCUUGCACUACCAGUUUUACGUUUGGUACUUCCACAGUCUGCCGUACCUGACAUGGUAUACGGAAUUCACGAACAGUUUGAAAUUUUUGCUGCUCUUGUUGGUGGAAUUUUGCUGGAACACUUACCCGAGCACGGUGCUCAGCAGCCUCGUACUGCACACGUGCCAUUUGAUUUUGCUCUACGGGAUCGGCCGGAAAAUGUUCCGCCGAAUUCCCGACCUGGCGCAGCUCAGUAAGGUGGAAUGAAACUUAGGGCCAUGCGGUGCUAGAAUUGCCUGGAGAGGUGUGAGUUCUCCGUUCGGAUUGUGCCUUUGAAUAACCAAGAAACGUUUGGUUUUCUGUUUGUGUGUGAUGUGAAUAGUUCGAGCAAAAGUUGCAAUAGUACGUUUGUGUUGAAGACUGUUUUGUGUGUUUA